AUGGGGACACAGUCUGUGGUUGAUCAGAUGGCUAACUUGGCAUUCAAUUUUGAGAUUCAUCAUGGUGGCCAGUUUGUGUGGAACCCAGAUUUGGUAUAUUUAGGAGGUAGUAUUUCUUUUGUUGAUAAUGUUGACCCAGAUAGACUUAGUUAUUUUGAAAUACAAAAUAUUUGUUCUGAUGUGAAGGCAGUUAGUACAAGUAGAUUUCAUUAUCUUAUUCCUGGAGUUAAGAUAACACUAUAUAUUGAGGAUGGUGAGGAGCCACUUGCAGUUGAACAACCAUUUGGUAAUGAGGAAGUAGAAAAUAAUGAUGAUGUGCAUGAGGUGGGUCAAAAUGAUGAUGAUGUGCAUGAGAUGCAUGAGGGAGGGAAUGUGGAUGCUGACGGAGGUGGUGGACAAGAUUUUCAUUGGUUAGAGGAAGGGUUUAAGGGGCCAGAUUUUGAUGAUGAUGAUGUAUUUGGAAAUGUAGAUGAUGGGCCAUCUACACAUGCAACCCCACAUAGGCCUUCUGAAGGAGAUGAUGGGCCAUCUACACAUGAGGAUUUACAUGUGUAUGCAGCCCCACAUAGGACUACUGCAGCUAACAAUGACCCACCUCUUGAAGAGGGUGAAUGGAUUGACCCACCUCUUGAAGAUGACAUGGAAAGUCUAGUAGGGUCUGAUGAUGAUCAACAAGCACCAACUGCUGUAAAAGAACCUGAGUUUAAUGUCCAAACUGACAUGAGAAAACCAGAGUUAAAGAAAGGAAUGAAGUUUCCAAACUCUAAGGUAUUUAGGGAGGCAUUGAGGGAAUAUGCUAUAAAGAAGCCAGUAGAUAUCAAGUUCAAGCUAAAUGAGAAGAAGAAGUUAUCAGUUUAUUGCAUAAAUGAAUGUGGAUGGAGGUGUUAUGCAUCUCAACUACCUGGGGAGUUGACAUUCCAAAUAAAAACAUUCAAUCUAGAGUACACCUGCCCUAGAUCCUUCAAACACAGCCAAGUGACUUCAAGUUAUGUUGUAAAAAAGUUUAUGCAGGAGUUUGACAAAAACCCCAAUUGGAAAGUGGCUGGUGUUCAACAUCAUGUGAAGCAAGCACUUGAAAUUGACAUAAGUUACAGUCAAGUGUAUAAGGAAAAAAGGAAAGCUACUGACUUGAUUACUGGGGAUGAGCAGCUGCAAUAUGGGAAGCUUAGGGAUUAUGCAAAGAUGAUAAGAUUGAAUGAUAAAGGAAGUAGGGUUAUUUUGCAAACUGAAAUGGAAGAUGAAAAUGCACAACUCAAAUUUAAGAGAAUGUAUAUCAGGUAUAAUGCACAAAAACUUGGGUUUUUGGGAGGUUGUAGACCAAUCAUUGGUUUAUAUGGGUGCCACCUGAAAGGGAGAUUUGGGGGGCAAAUACUUUUUGCCAUAGCUAGAGAUGCAAAUGAUAAUAUUUUCCCAGUUGCAUUUGCUGUUGUUAAGUAUUGUGUGAAGCAUAUCUAUAAUAAUUUCAAAGUGGAUCAUAAGGGCUUGGAGUUGAAAGAUGCACUAUGGAGAUGUGCUGGAGCCACAACAAUCAGGGAGUUUGAGAGAAGAAUGCAGGAAAUGAAGGAUUUGGAUGUCAAGGCAUGGGAGUAUCUUGCUGACAUCAACCCUGCACAAUGGUCUAAGUCUCACUUUAGUAGUAGAGCUUUGUGUGACUGUUUAGCUAAUAACUUGAGUAAGUCUUUUAAUGCCAUAAUCUUAGAAGCUAGGGAUAAGCCAAUUUUAGCAAUGUUGGAGUGGAUCAGAGUUAGACUCAUGACCAAACAAUACAAAAAGAUGAAAGGUAUAGCAAAAUACACUGGAAAGUGCUACUCCAGCAGGCAGCUUCAUGAUGAGGUUGAUAAUGGUCAUGAGAGACAUGUGGUUGACUUGGCUAAGAAAGCAUGCAGCUGUAGGAUUUGGGAUUUGACAGGACUUCCUUGCAAACAUGGGAUCUCUGCUAUUGUUAAGAACCUGGAGAAAGUGGAGGAAUAUGUGCAUCCUUGUUACUUGAAAGAGACAUUUGCUGAAACUUACAAAGAGAUAAUACAGCCAAUGCCUGGCCAGUCUGAGUGGGUUGAGAUUAACCAACCUGCUCCAGUUGCUCCUCAUGUGUAUAAACCACUUGGCAGACCACCAAAGCAAAGAAAAUGA